AUGAAGCUCUACGCCCUCUUUGUCUUUGCCUCCACAAUUGCGGCAGUGGCUGCUGCCCCUGUGGAAGAGACACCAAGGUCCAUUGACGCUACGGUCAAAAACGACGUCUCUGACGGCCCUGAGAAGCGCAGCAGCGAUGCCAGAUACAAGUAUGACAGCUACGACGCUCCUGAGAAGCGCAGCAGCGAUGCCAGAUACAAGUAUGACAGCUACGACGCUCCUGAGAAGCGCAGCAGCGAUGCCAGAUACAAGUAUGACAGCUACGACGCCCCUGAAAAGCGCAGCAGCGAUGCCAGAUACAAGUAUGAUGUCUACGACGCACCACAGUAGGGCGGAAAUAAGCCUUGAUGUGCAACUCCUCGUCACUGUCUCCAUGACCGCGGAGCGAGGUGCAGGCUAAACAAAGAUGGAAAAACUAAGUUUCUCGCGGAGGGUAAAAUCAGUUCUAUCUCAACGGAAAACAAAGUUAGUUGGAGAGAUUCGCUUCUUAAUGACUUGGGAGCGUCAAGUCAUCAUAGUAUGCGAGGAGAACUGUACUGCGUUAGCUCUACUUUCGGAUAGUGAAUUACGUUGAUGCUCCUU